CGAACAACAUAUUCCGCUCAAUCUUCUCUAGUUUAUGGUACAUGCUAUCGGUGUAAUUUCUUGACACGUGGAUGUUUUGAACCUCCCUGGAAUGCGCGUUGAUAAGCAUUUUCGUACGUGUGAAACGCCGACGCCAAGGGACGCGUUCAGGGCUGAUCGCUCGCCCUUCAAUCAACCCUUGACGCCGCAGCGGCGCGCAAACGUCUAUUUCACUCGGCAAUGUGAUCUUACGCUCGAAAAUCCCCUAAGAUGGCUCCACGACCGCAAGUCAUACCUCACAGACGCGCAAGCUCUGAUAGUAGCGCCGACGAACAAACGCUUUGCGAGCAGACCUCGGACGAUGAAGGUUACGACGGCAGACCUUCCGGCGAGUUGUCCGAAGGCGACCACGACAUACUGGAGUCAGAAGAUGAGCGGGAACGACUGUUGACUCAGAAAGAUGGCAUAUCUGGCAUGUUUGGGAAGGGAUUGUCCGGUGUCAAGAUCGGGAAACGGGACAAGGUUGAGAUGAAAGAGCGUAGAAAGGGCGGAAAUGACGAGUCGAGUGCGCUCAUGUACGAGAUGGAGGAAGGAAUUGGUGGUGCAUCGAGUACGAGUCUGAGAUCAAGCAGGAGUUCACAGAGCGAUGAGCAACGGCUACACGCGGUCAGGUCACAGAGAAAGGCACGGAGAAAUGGUCUAUGGCGUCGACUAUGCAUAUACAUCUCAAUCAUCGUCCUCUUCGUAGUCCUCCUCUCCGCCUCAUACCGUCUCUCAACCCCCAAAGACAGCGCAGCUGUGGUGAAUAUGAUCUCGAACGGAACCUCUCUGUUCGCACCCACGACUAUCCUCAUAUCCCUCGACGGGUUCCGCGCUGAUUUCUUAUACCGCAACAUCACGCCAACGCUGAACCAAUUCAUACAAGAAGGCAUUUCGCCGAAGUACAUGCGGCCCAGCUUCCCAAGCGUUACCUUUCCGAAUCAUUACACGAUGGCCACUGGCAUGUAUCCUGAAGCACAUGGUGUCGUAGGCAAUAGCUUCUGGGACCCAACACUCGAGAAAGAGUUCUUCUACACGGAUCCGGAGAGGAGUUUACAGUCACACUGGUGGGGUGGAGAGCCGAUAUGGGUGACAGCAGAGAAGCAGAAUGUUAGGACAGCGGUGCACAUGUGGCCAGGCUCCGAGGCCCAUAUCUUGGAUCAAGACAUAGCGUAUGUCGACAAAUACAACGGCUCCGAACUACUACACAUAAAGGUAAACCGUAUCAUGGACCUCCUCGAUGUGCCAGGCCCCAAAGACAUCGGCGUGAACGCAGACACCCCACGACCUCAGCUGAUCGCAGCAUAUGUCCCAAAUGUCGACGGUGAUGGCCACCAGUAUGGUCCCAACAGCACUGAGAUUCGACAAACCAUUGCCAAUGCAGACGCCAUGCUUGGAGAUAUCCUGAAGGGACUACACAAACGCAAUCUCACCAACAUCGUCAAUGUAGUCGUCGUCUCUGACCACGGCAUGGCUACCACUGAUGUAACCCGCCUCAUCCAACUAGAAGACCUCAUCGACCCGGCUGAAUUAUCCCAUAUCGACGGUUGGCCUCUCUAUGGCCUUCGCCCUAAGAACAUAUCAGACCUCGAUCGUCUAUACAGCCAGUUGAAAGCCAAAUCUAACGAUAAUCCGAACAUUGAAGUCUACCUCCGCGACGAAGACAUGCCCGAGCAUUAUCACUUUAGCAAGAAUGAGAGGAUUGCCCCGUUGUGGAUUGUGCCCAAAACGGGCUGGGCGAUUGUCACGAAAAAUGAAUUCGAUGUCGAGGAGGGGAAGAGGAGGGGUGAUGUAUAUCAUCCAAGGGGAUUGCAUGGGUACGAUCACGAGCAUCCGCUUAUGAGGGCCAUUUUCAUCGCCAGAGGACCUGCCUUCCCGCAUAUGCCGGGAAGUCUGAUGGAACCUUUCCAGAAUAUCGAACUUUACAACAUAGUGUGCGACUCUAUUGGCCUAGAACCCGCCCCGAACAACGGAACACUCCGUCUCCCCUUAAAGCCAGUAGGCCAUCAUAAUGAUCCUGCAGGUUCCAAUGAAACACCCGAGGACCCCGUCCCUCAAAACUCCCUUCCGCCGACUUCAGCCUCAUCGUCGCCUUCAUUAGCAACCAUGUCCGUAGGCCUCGACUCCCUUUCUAGCAUCGCGGCAUCAGCAUCAGGGUUGGAAGAUACUUCUCCGUCUAUUGAUGACACUAUAUUGAGACCGACUCCCCCUAAUGUGGUCUCAGAGGUGCCACCCGCACAAACGAGUGGGAAGGGGAAGAGCUUGUGGGAGUGGUUGACGCAUAAGGUAGAUGAGGUGGAAGAUUGGGUUGAAGGCCUUGUGCAUGAACAUGUGUCUGGGCAGGACAAGGAUAGCGAUGCCAGCGAAGGAUCUUAAAUUCGAUUUGAAGAUUGGCGUUAUGUGGGAUUAGAUUUAGUUUUGUCAGCGUGUAAAUGAUACCCAAUAUUCAAGAUUCGCUCGGUC